GACGGACGAUGCAUAAGUUUCCCCUCACAAUACAUCAAAACCCUUCUUUCUCCCUUCACCAUCACUUACAUUCUUCCUUCUCCCUUUCAUUCUUCAGCAUUCAUUCUUCUAAUUACCGAACACCAUUCCAAACACAUCGAAAGCAUCCUAGCUAGUCAUGCUACGCUUUCAAGAUGUUAUCAGAGAUUUAGACAAAUCCGAAUUCAACCUUGGCGCACCACGACAAAGGGAUGCUGGAUCAUCACAACAACAUAAACGGCCAAGCUACAUUGACAUUCCUGAAUCCUUUUUGGAGUUAGGAGAUUUAGAAAGACAAUCAAACUCAACAAAUCACCAUGACAGAGACAUACCAACUAGCCCAUUUGCCAAAGUUCGUGCAAAUUUCUCUCGCAUGAACCCAUUCAAAGAAGAUUCAACGAUUCGUAGAGCAACAUCAAGAAGCAUGUCUAGAAGAUCAAGUAAGGAAACGAUUGCCUCAAAUAAAACAUUUGACUUUUCAAGUUUGUCACUUUCAAGCAGCAAACGAAGUAAAGCGCGCAUGAGCGUUAAUGAUGCUCAUCCAAACAGCAAAUACGGUUCCCAUCUUCAUGUCCCAGAAUCAUUCAACUCUGAAAAAUAUGCAGAUGAAACAUUAGGGAUCGCUUCAUGGCGCUUGGGUGCCGUUCCAAGUGAAGAAUUUUGGGCUGCCGAAGAAGCAAUAAUGAUCCUGGAUAUGAACAAUAAAGGCAAAUUUGAUCAUCAAAGCUUCAAUCGUUCAUACGAUGCAAGACUCUCACAAUCAAAUGUACCAAAAGCGCGAAGGCAAGAUUUCCACUUGCCCAGACGACCUCGCACAAUGUCAUCACCGCCACGUGCUCCCAAAGGACGUCUGAAUGGCAAACGAGCUGAUAAUCUACCACCAAUCUCUUCUUCUCCCACUGAAGAGGAAAUUGCAAAAUACAGCCCAGAACGCAAGCCCGUGUCUCAAGGCAGUCCAAAGAGUACAUGGACUUGUUCAACAACGGAGGACAACAUUCCACCUUCACCUUUCCUUUAUUCGAUGCGUGGAUCCUCUUCUUCCUCCGCGACAACAGCUGAAUGGAGUGAAAUUUCAAGUUUAGGAUUCGAUGAUGCAAUUCAUACGGUGGAUAUUGCACCUUUUAGUGAAAAGUUACGACAAUGUAGGAUGAGAUUGCCUUCGAUUGGCGAACAAACAUUCACGGGACCGCCACCUCCAGACCGUACACGUAGGCCAAAAACUUCUUCCCGCCUUUCACGUUCAUCCAACACAAUUCCUCCGCCACGUUUUCCACCUCCGACAUUGGAGCUUCCUUCGACUCCGAUCAUUGACGAAAGUCCAUAUUGUCAAAUUCCAUCAUCACCUCCUCUCGAAGAUGAAGAUUCCGAUCCGAUCUUCUGAUAGACCAUUCUUUUAUAAAGCAUACCAUCUUUUUUCAGCACACUUUGUAAUUACACAAGCACAUUUUUGUAUCUAUAGCGCACACGCAUGUUUUCUGAUCGAAAUUUUAUCGAAUAAAAUUUGUUUCGAAUUGAUUUUCACUGGAGAUCAUACAUUCCAUACAUGU